CACACUAACAGUGCCAUCCCUUUUACCUUAUAUCUUGCUUGCUAUAUGUGGUUUGCUGAAACAGUGAACCCCUGUGCCUCUUAUAUUGCAAGACAAACCUUCUUCUUUGUUAUUAUAUCUAUUCUCCGCCUCUCUUCUCUUUUCUCUUCAAUAGGCCUUCCCCUUUCUUGCUUUAUUCCUACAUACAUACUCCUCUCUCUUUCUCUCUCUCUCAUAUUAUCGUCAUCACUUCUCUUCAUUUGUUACAUCAAGCUAUCUAGCCCAUCUCUUGCCGUGUACAAUUUACUUUUUAUCCUCAUCACUUUCUGGGGCCAUGGAUUUCCAACCCAAAAAUCAACUAAACCUAGAACUUGUCCUCGAGCUUUCCUCUUCUUCUUCCACUUCACCUCGUAGUCCUGCAGAGCCUCGGGUUUUCUCUUGCAACUAUUGUCAAAGAAAGUUUUACAGCUCUCAGGCUCUUGGUGGUCACCAAAAUGCUCACAAGCUCGAGAGAACCUUAGCCAAAAAAAGCAGAGAGCUAAGUUCAGCUGUCCGAGCUCAUGGAGGGUCUAACUCUCGGUCUGGAUCAUCUAGCAUGGGUGGGUUCAACCAUGUUCUAGGUAAUCAAGCAGCUUUUGAUCACCAUGGACAUGCUGGUAGGUUUGUUGAUGAAAUGGGAUAUGGAAGGAGGGAGAUGAAUUAUGGUGGUUCUAGAGAUGGUUCUUGGUCCAUGGGUUACAGACCUGAAAAUGUUCAAGAAGAGUUAAGCCAACUUGAUUUAUCUUUAAGACUUUGAUCAAAUUGCACUUUGUAAUUUUUUGUUUUUAUUAAAAUUUUUCCCUCUCGAAUGUUUUAUAUAUAUAUGCAAGAUAUUUCUAAUUUCAGCUAGAAAAGAAAAUGGUGAGUACUGAAUCAUGAAAACUGUACCAAAUUUCUUUGGAAAGAAGGAAAAUUAAAUAGGAGAUGCUAUUUUUUUUUUC